AGACGAUGGACAGUCAGUCAUAUAUAGCCGAGGGGCUCCUCUCCGCUUGGGCCAUGUCCCCUCUUCCAAGGAAGCAAAAAAAAAGUCGCUAGCAAAGGCACUGGGCAAAGUCAGCCCAUGGCAGAAUUUUUUUUUAUUUUUUUUUUUCGCCUCUUCAAAUGAGUAGCGAUAAGGCCAGCAUGGACCUCAAGCUGGUCCGACAAAGGCGCAAGAGAGCAUUGGAGCUUCGAAGGAGGCAAGAAGCUAAGGUAGAAUGGGGGAAGCUGAUUGGCAGUGGAGCAGCGGCUACGGGCGUUCGUUCCGAUUUAGUUUCCCGCCGGCUGCUCUUUCGUUCUCUUUUGUUCUUCACCGCUUCAAUUCCUUUUGCGCCCCGGCCGAGGAUCCCAGAGAGUCGAUGCCAUUGGGCCAGCUCGACGCCCAGCCCAGCGAUGACGAUAUCGAUGGAGAUCCCCUUCAUCUGUCUCUGGCAAUGGUGUCGUUGGGUCUCCCUGGGUCGGGAUUUGCUGGAUGCGUUGGUUGGUUUCUGAUGGCAGUCCGAAGAAACAACGAGGGGGAAGACAAAGAUGUGGGGGAGGGAAGUAAG